AUGUCCGCCGUGGAGUGGAAUUACCGCCGAGUCCUGGAUCUCGCCGAGAUACCUCAGGCGAGUAACGCAACAUCUUCUGGAUUCGCUAGGUCCGUUCAACAACGUGAGCAUAUCACAACCGCAGUCAAGACCUUGUCGACUUCAAUAGCUGUAGGAGACAUCGAGGUCACUGGAGCUGAAAAAAUCUUCGAAAGGACCUCCAGAUCACCAAAAUCUUCGUGGGGCGAUCCGUUCAAGUAUGAUCCGGUAUCCCCUGAAGAUCGGGAUUGCUCCACUGGAGACCUCUUCAUCGACUUCCUUAGCCACAAAUUUGGUUAUGCCGUCGUCAACGACAUCGUCUUCACUUGCUUCGAUCCGCGAAGAGAUGACGAGGUUGUGCAAGCUGUGCGCGAACACGCCAGACAUGUGGCCAUCCAGACCACCAACUCUGGUCUUUUCGCAGCAAGAAACGACAUCAAAGCCGACCUACAGAUCUCAAAGCUUUUCGCAGAGCAGGAGAUCGAGCUGAGGAACACUUUCGGCCUGGCUCCUACACCGGUGCAAGAAACUCAAUCAAGAGACAUCGUGGAGACCGGGUUACCGAACGUCCUCAGGAACGACUUCAUUUAUAAAGGCUCGGUCCAUGCCGAACGAAAGCGUAGAGGAAGAGGAUCGUCCAGUUUUCUGCGUGCAGUCUAUAUCGAGGACGACAAGGCUGGUACCCGAGGCAAGCAUGUCUUGAUCGACAGACUACCAUCACAAGUCUCACAGUGCUGUUCAGGUCAACUCCCACCCCACAUGUACCAGCGCUGGAUGAGCAUGAAGAGACUCUGGGAGAGUGUCGCUAUGAAGACGCACAGUGCUUUCGACAAGCAAGGCGGUGUCCAUCGAGAUACGAUUAACCACGGGCUCUCUUUGGUCACACUCUCAAUUGAGAGAUUAUCGUGCAUGUCUAUAGCGAGCAUCGUGCUCUUUACCUCUGUCGAGGGGGAGAGAGGAAUGUCAACACUCCCUAUCACAAUUGUGCAUCUCAAUAGUGAUAACAUGGAACACAAUCACGAUAGAUACUAG